CAUGCCUUUUGUUUUCGGGGCAGAGACAGUCUUGGAUUUUUAUGUGUUUAUGUACAUGUAUGGGGGUCAAUUCAAUAUUCCGGCUGCUGGAGAAGCCACAGUUGUGAGUGUGAUACCCUGGGCGUCAUUUACUCAGUAACAAUAGUCUAUGCCCGACAUGAAUGCAGCCAAUGAAAAGCAUCUACGUUGUUCUUGUUGGCCCACCUGCUCAUGAACCGAAACCAAACACCCCCGGCCAUAACCCGAGCAGCGUUCUUCACGGUCCACUAGCUUUCUAACCUUUCUUUGAGAGCCUGGAAACUUCGGGAAAUUUUCUCCUACCAAGGCCGAGCCAAGCUUUAAUGAGAACGGCCGAGGUGAGGGCACUCGCAGACCGUCGCAGAAAUAUAACCGGAGUGCUGACUAACCACGUGUAGUCAUGGCAACACAAGAGGAGGUAAAGUUCGACCCCAUCGUCCUGCCGGACCACCCUCCCCAGUACUCGGCCGCGGUGACCGGUCUCCCCCCUCCCCAGCAGACACCCGUCACCAUGCAGCCCUACCACAUCCCCAUGCAGCAGCAACAGCCCACGAGUACUACAAACGUGGUGGUUGUCCAGCAGCCCAUGGUGACUGUUGUGGGCCCUCGGCAGUGGUCCAGCGGACUCUGUGCCUGCUUUGAUGACAUGGGAAGCUGUUUGGCGAGUACCUUCUGCUUCCCCUGCUUCCUGUGUUUCCUGGCGGACAAGAUGGGUGAGUCGUGCUGCACGCCCUGCUGCCACGCACACGCCGCCAUGGUGGGCAUGAGGACCAAGAUCAGGACCCAGAACAACAUCACGCGCCGUUUAGCGACUUGCACCCGCCGGUCGUCCGUGUCAUCAUCGCCACUUUCUUCGCAACAAGUGAGGUCUAAACUUUCCGUACGAGGAAACGAGUUCGUUGCCAACCUUUUGAAAGCCGACCUCGGACCGCCGUGGGAUGGAGAUGCUAUCAAAAGACCGUCACUGAUGCCCAAUUUGGAUAGGAAGAGUCUGCUGUUAGACGAUGUUGGUCUGAUGUCCGGGGAAGGUGUCGCCGAUUCCGGCUUCCUCUUGACACCUGACGCGUUGUCGCGUUACUCUUCAAACAUUACCCACCUUCGCGGUUCCGGAGAUAUGGCGAUGUCGAGAGAAAUAGGCCAGGGUGACGACCAGAGACACACAUUCCGGGCACUUACCGAGCGUCCUGGCCUCUUCGAGCUUUAUCCGAUACCAGAGGAGGUGGAAGAGGAUCAGACUCAGGCGUCCACCACACCAACACCGCCAGGGCUGAAGCUGACCACAGAGCAGCGUGUGUCCAUAGCUAGGAAACUGAACGCCAAACUGAGACCGGCUACUGAAGCUAUCGUUGCCAAGAGGAAAAACGGAAAAGCGGACGAAGACGCCUGUAAGUCUCAUAAGCUUAAGCGAAAAGUCAAUGAAGACAGUCCCUCGUCACAGGCGAGAAGAACGCCGCACAGGUCACCAGAGUGCCCCCCACACGGCGCUUUCUGUGACCCCCGCCUGUCCAACUCUGCACCCAUAUAUUACGACGUGGUCGCAGGAGAAAGAGUCCUGGUAAACGCCAUCGCUAGGGACUCCUGCCGACCCAGGGACCCUGUUGUACAGUGUGGCAUCCGGAACAGUCAUAGUCCAUACUUCACUGAUGGCACCUGGUCCUCUUAUCAGCGGCGUUUAGACAGACACAACAGAAAGAUGCUGAAGCAGCUAGCGCGUCGUCUGAAGAAGCAUCAGCCUGGUCAGCCGGAUUAGCAUGACUGACCUACAACAAUAAAGACCCCGUGUCCAAACAAAGAUUUAUGCAGUAGGGGUUUUUGUAUUACACUCAA